AUGCUGGUUACCUAUUUGGAAGCCAGCCGGGACCUUUGCGAGACGGACUCAAUUCUUUUUGGCGCCUCACUGGCAGUCUGCCGUAUUAUAGGCGUCAAACUUUCCACGGCUGCACGCGCUACUGGACAAAGUAGUGCUAUCCCAGCCUGGAGAAUAAGAAUUGAAGAACGUAUCGCAAAGGCUAGAGCCCUCAUCGGCAGACUGAUAUGUUUCAGGUCAGGCAAUACCAGACCAAGGAUUGUGUGCACCGUCAGGAUGGCGUUUGCUGGGACAAAUGUUAGUUUGUCCCAGCCGCAUAUAAUGCAAAAACUGACGGAGCGUAUAGACGACCUGAAGCAAAGAAUCGCUGCUUGGGGAAAGCGGAUUCGGCAAUAUACCGAGAGGUCGACACGGUUCAACCAGAAUCGUCUCUUUCAGAGUGAUCAGAAGAGGCUCUAUAAAUCAUUAGAGCGACCAAUAGUAAGUGGAACGGGCCCAGCACCAAAUCAGGACGACAUGGUCGCAUUCUGGCGCAGCCUGUGGUCAGAGCCCGUGAAUCACAACGAGGGCCCCUGGACGGAAGUUGUGGCGAGUCAGUGUGCGGGUAUUACGCCCAUGGACCCCGUCGUCAUAACGCCGGAUGACGUAGCUAAGGCGGUCCAUAGGGCCCCGACCUGGAAAAGUCCGGGGCUUGACGGGCUGCAUCACUACUGGCUGAAGGGGUUCAUGGUUUGUCAAGCUAUGCUCGCCCGACAGUUUCAAGAGGCUCUCAACCAGAAGUCGCUUCCAAGCCUCUUCACUACUGGGAUCACUCAUUUGGUUCCCAAAGAUGAGGGUGCCACAGACCCGAGCGAAUACCGCCCCAUCACGUAUCUACCGACUAUAUACAAGACACUAACAUCCAUUUUGAGCGCGAGAAUCGCUCGUCACCUGGACUCAAAUCAGGUGAUGUCGCGCGCUCAAAAUUGA